CCCAAGCCAUUGGCGGCGUUGCACGUCAGCAGCAGACUGCGCCGGCACCUCUCAGCAGCAUCCCGCUUGACACUGCGCAUAUGAACAUCCUCGCAAGAUGUAAACAUGCUUGUGCCGACCAUAACCGGGCUUCAGGUCCUGGGAACUGGCAGGUCUUUCACGACAUGGCGAUUAGCCACCCAACGGGCCUUGCGCGCGGUCGAAGGAGCUGGCCUACGUGCAUUUAUGUUGCUUACGUUAUUACUCACGUUGGCCGGCUCAUCGAUUGGGACUCGAAAACGGAAUGCGCCCCAUCGAGGCAAGAGGAGUUGGCCCCCUAACUUUGCGGAUUUGGGGCCCAUAACACCUGCUGUGUGAACAUUUGGUCAAUAGGAUACGUCUGAGACUAUCUGAGCACCUCAAGAGCUGCUCUAGCAUCAAUUCGUUGCAAUUUUGAGAAGGUCCUUGUUGAACUUCGUCUCGUUAUGACGGGCUUGGUAUCAGUGUAAUCCUGAAGUAACAUAGUUCUGAGCCAGGGCUUGCCCGGCUAGCCCCGGCUUGGCUGUGGACUGAGACCGCGUUUGCCCAGCGUGCAAAGGGCGCCAGCGGCAGUUGCUGGAGCAGCCGCGGAAGGCGUCAUAGAGUAGGCUUUUAGUCCAGGCCCUGAGCGGCAUUAUAGGAGCGAGCGGCAACGAUGGGGAACACCCAGGGGAAGGGGGAUGGAGCGAUGACAGGCCGUGCAAAGGCUAUCACGGGAGGAGCCGUCAAGGGCAAGGCCACGCUUCCUAAGCUCCCGACGAAUGCGGUCAAGUCGCAACCAGAGGACUACGCAUUCAUCGAGAACGCGCUGGGUCGCCUCCUACUGUUCGGCAAACUGGACUCGCAAGUACAGCGGAAGAUUGUGUCUGAAAUGUAUGAGCGGACGGUGCCGGCGGGUGACAUUCUCAUCAAGGAGGGCGACACAGGGCUUGCGGCUUGCGAGCUCUACGUCGUGAAGAGCGGGAAGUUCGAGGUGCUGCAAAAGCGCCAAGGCCAGAAUGUGCGCGUGAACAUCAAGGAGCGCGGCGACUGCUUCGGCGAAAUCUCGCUGAUGUAUGACAGCCCACGCACAGCCACCGUCGCGGCCACCAUGGACGCCGUGGUGUGGGCCCUGGACCGCCAGGUCUUCAGGUUCUUCGUGCGGGAGCUGCAGGAGACCCAGGUGUCGCAGGUGGAGCUGUUCCUCAACUCGGUGCCCAUUCUUGCCAACUUGUCCCGCGAGGAGCGCAUCCGGCUGGUGGACGCGUUCGAGGAGAACACAUACCAGGCGGGGCAAAAGGUCAUUGUAGAGGGCGACAAGGGUGACCUGUUCUACAUCGUGAAGGAGGGCGAGGCGAUAGUGUACCAGAACACGCCAGGCGGGCAACGGAAGGUAAACCACCUUUUCAAAGCGGACUUCUUCGGCGAGCGCGCGCUGCUCAAAGACGAGCCACGCAUGGCGACGGUGGAGGCAUACACCAAGCUGGUGUGCCUGACGCUAAAGCGUGAGACGUUCCAGGAGAUCCUGGGCCCGCUGGAGCAGCUCAUGGCGCGUGAAAAGUCGAACCAGGUGGUUGCGCAGAAGAUGGCGAAGCUGCAGCCGCGCGGCUCGCACGUGCACCGACCGCCAGCGGAGGUGCUCAUUAAGCGCAAUAAGAAGGGGCGCAACGGAAACACGAUUGAGGUGGUGCGCGCCCGCGGGCACCUGGAUGAGGUGCUGGAGCUGCGGAAAGGCGGCACCAAGCUCGAGGGCAUGGACCCGGGGGCGUCGGGCAAGGAGGCGAACACGCUGGUGCUCACGGAGGGGACGGUGCUGGGAGGCGGUGCCUUCAGUCGCGUGUCCAUCGUGACCGAGGAGUCCACGGGGCGCACCUACGCGCUCAAGCGCAUGCGCAAAUCAGCGGUGGUGCAGUGCCCGGAGCACGUGUUCUGCGAGCAGGCGAUCACGAAGAACGUGGCGCACCCGUUCUGCAUCCGCCAGUACGCGUCUUUCCAGGACAAGUACCACCUGUACUUCCUGUUCGACCUGAUGCCCGGUGGCGAUCUGAUGGAUGUGCUGGUGGCGGAGGCGAAGGUCAUCAAGCGCCGCGUGCCGCAGGGCACCUGGCGGAUAGGCUGCCUGGCCCCCAAGGUCAAGAUGCUGCAGGGCAUGAGCGAGGACCUGGCGCGCUUCUACAUCGGCUCCAUCGUGCUGGCGCUCGAGUACCUGCACAACAACAACAUCGUCUACCGCGACCUGAAGCCCGAGAACGUGUUCAUCGACGCCAGCGGCUACGUGAAGCUGGGCGACUUCGGCUUUGCCAAGGUGCUGGAGAACGGCAACCGCACGUACACCUUCUGCGGCACGCCCGGCUACGUGGCGCCGGAGAACGUGCUGGCGCACGGCUACAACUACAGCGUGGACUGGUGGGGCCUGGGCGUGCUCAUGUACGUGCUGCUGACCGGCCGCCAGCCGUUCAGCACGCCCAAGACUGAUGACCCCAUGGUGGUCAUGCGCCGCAUCGUGGACGAGAACUACCAGAUCAAGUACCCGCCCUACCUGUCGCCCGCGGCAAAGGACCUCAUUUCUCGGUUGUUGGAACGCAAGCCCGCCAAGCGCAUGGGCAUGCUGAACGCGCGCGCCAUGGACAUCAAGAACCACAAAUGGUUUGAGAACCUGGCGUGGGAGGAGCUGGAGGCGCGCCGCAUGGCGGCGCCGCGCAAGCCCAAGGAGGCGGACAGCGCCAAGCGCGUCAAGGAGAUGAUCGAGAACGAGAAGAAGACGGCGGGCAAGACGCCCAAGGAGACGCCGGAGGAGCUGCAGGAGUGCGAGAUGGUGUUCGCGGACUUCUAAUGGGGCCGCUGGGAGCAUUGUAUGGCGAGGGCGCCGGUCGGUAAGCGUUUUUGGGAUGGCAGCGUACCAGCUGUCACUUUCCGUGUGCGUGCGGGCGAGCGGGGGCCAGGUGGUGAUGCAGCAACGGUAGGCGCUAGCAGCAAUCACAUUUGGCGGCCGGGGACCCCAGGCGUCGACGGUAUCUUGUCGGUAGAUGCUCAAUUAGGCAUUUGGCCGCUGCACGAGCGAGGUCGUGCCGCGGCUGUACGUGAUUGAUGACUGGGGCGAGCGCGUGAACGUGCGAGCGGCGUGGCAAUGGAGUGGCGCUUGGAGCCGGGACGAGGGCUGGGCCUUGCUGGUCCUGCGGCGCCUCCAAUACACAUGCGGUGUGAUUCUGUGGUCUCGUGUGUGCGGCGCGGCAUACUUCGACGGAUAACACCCUAUCGUAGCAAUCGGGGGGAGAGGGGAACUUAUUGGGCUGACUUCAACAGGACGCGGAUGCCAGCAAAAGAUCUCGGUCUGGGUGUGCUGCUUCUCGGUCGGCGGGGCAAGGGGAGGCACGUGGGGAACUUGGUCGCAAAGGGUCGCAAGACAGGUGCUUAUGUGUGGUCUCGGUGGGAUGUGGGUGGGGUCUCGGCCACGGGUCUCGCGCCGGCUCACACUCUUGCACAGGCAGUGUUCUAGGGCCAGAUGUAGAGACAUGGCGGCUAGGCCAUGGAAGAGAACAUCAGAACUGUCACACGGCGCAUGUAGGGGCGUCCUAGGGCAUCUCCCCAGCCACCAGGAGGCCUCUGGACAGGCCCGAAUCAGAAGCAGUCAUUCGUAUGACACCAUUCGGGAAGCUUUCGGGUUCACAUCGUCAGUCCUGUGAGCGCGACUUUGUCAGAAAAUGAACCACUGCAUGUCCGGCGCGGCGGAACGCUCUGAGCCCCAAUCCAAAGGCUCAACGUAUGUUAAGGAACAAUAUGGGGUGUUAAUGUGUCUAGGCUGAGUCGGGAUGUAGGGAAUUCGCGCGGUCGCGGCACUGAGUCCGACCGGUUGCAAGGUGUUUCGAAAUUUUGAAAAUUCACAAAUUAAAGGCUACUAAGACAAACCCACAAGUGCAUUGCGUAGCAAACUUGCGACAAAAACGGAAGCUAAAUCCAGAACCUCGCGAAGACGCUCGCGUCCAUAUUUGCUCGCAAUGGGCACCGCCUGUAAAUGAUUUUCUUUCCCCGCACUUAUAACGGGCACGCCAGGGAACUGCGGAAAACUGUUGAAGACGGGCUUCGGUCUGCACGAGUUCGCGGCUCAUUAAUCGCGCUAUUGAGGAAGUAUAGCAAAACAAUGAAAUCGCGCUCCUGUGGCGAGCUCGCCAAACGGGCGCGACUUUGGCGGUCUGUGUAACACGGCCUACCCGAUGCCAUCGAGCCCGGUUCUCCUCGGCGGCUAUUCGCGAUAGUACUGCAUGUGACCCAGGGUCGGUUUCAAAGGUCCAUUUCGUCCAUAUACCCUGGCAGCAUAAUGACUCAACAUAAGGACAGAACUGAUUUCACUGUGGGGGCCUCUCCUGUGGAACCCCGACGUGCUUGCCCAUGAUAGUGGAUUCUUGUGUAGGCAUGUUUCGUGUGUACAGGAGCCCGGGUUGCAUGGUAUUGCUUGCUCCGCGUGCGAGGAGCUGAAGCGCUAGGGGCACCAACGGACGACGAAGGGGCGUUGGUUGUUGGAUGAUGCGCAACGUACGCCCUUUGUGGGGUGUGACGCCAGCUCGCCUCUCAUCCAGGCGCGACGCAGCGUUUUCGGCUCGAUUGCUUUUUGCCUGCCACGAGCAAGGCAUGUCAUAAAACUUGUACAGGACGAUGGAGCUGGGGACGCGCUGGUGCGCCUGGUUAUUACUGCUGGGUCCAUAGAGGUGUGCGCUGAAUGUGUGCGUGGGUGUCAGGCGCGGCAUGGUGUAGACGCCGUGUGUGUAACCCGCACAGACA